CAUCCCUAAUUCCAGGAUCCAAUUAAUUUCUGCCUUGCCAUUCCCCAACCCUCCUCCUCCUCCUGCUCGUCUUGCAGCUGCCGUCGUCCUCGUCCUCGUCCUCGUCCUCUUCUCCUCUCGUUUCUCCCUUUUCUCUACUCAGGCGCAGUGAAGUCUUUUCCAGGUUCUCCUCUCCCCUCUCUUCUGGUAAGACAGGUUUGUUGGUCGUUGGGAAUGGAUCAGCAGCCGGGCCACCCCGUCCCGCCUGUGAUGGGCGUCGGAGUCCCCUACCCUCCCGGCGCUGGUGCCGCUGGUCCGUACCAGGCUUAUCAGAACCUCUUCCACCAGCAGCAGCAACAGCAGCAGCAGCAGCUUCAGUUGUUCUGGGCCGAUCAGUACCGCGAGAUCGAGCAGACCACAGACUUCCGCAAUCACAGCCUGCCUCUCGCUAGGAUCAAGAAGAUCAUGAAGGCUGAUGAAGACGUGCGCAUGAUCGCUGCCGAGGCCCCCGUGGUCUUCGCCCGCGCCUGCGAGAUGUUCAUCCUGGAACUCACUCACCGGUCGUGGGCUCAUGCUGAGGAGAACAAGCGCCGGACAUUACAGAAGAACGACAUAGCAGCUGCAAUCAGUCGCACCGAUGUAUUUGACUUCCUUAUUGAUAUCGUGCCGAGGGAGGAAGGGAAAGAAGAUGUUGCCCAUGCGCUUGGAGCACCGCAGGCCGAUGCUCUCCCCUACUACUAUGUUCCUAAGUAGCAUCCUCCGCAAUGUGAGACCUUCAAUAAAUCUCUACUGUUCUAGCUAAAGGAAUUAGUGUGACAAUCAGUUCAGACAUGAAUUUGGUUUUGUUGCCAUGUUAUCAUCUGAAAACUAGAUUCUAGUAAAAUUUGCUUGCCAUGGCUGCUAA